UUGCUAACUUAGGUGCUUCCUUCCACGCCACUCACCCAAGCUGCCACAGGCCAGCGUCAUCAUCACGUGAUAAAACGCGUGACUGUCCGCAUCUCGCAACCUCCGAUCCAUGCCGCGAAUCCACUGACACGCCUGAGGCGUGCCUUACUCCUGUGGAGAUUAUGGCUCGACAACUACAGGCCUGAGAGCUACUGUUUCCGCUACUCCGCAUUUACUUUCUCGACAUACGGCCGCACAGCAUUGACUCUGGCUGAUGACGGAUCGAUAAUUUGAGACUAACUGCGAAUAUCGAUAUAAAACACAACCCUUUCUCUCUGUCGACAAAGCCAAAACACCAGCCGUAGUAGGUGUAGUGGCCCGUCAUGGCUGUCAACGAGUCCGUCUUUGACGUCCGGGAUGCCAACCUUUCCGAUGAAAAGGACGAUGUCGACUCUCUUCCCUCCAUUGCCACGAGCGAAUUAUAUUCAGAAGAGGACUCGGACGCCCAGGAGGAGUGGGAGCGGAGUCUAGAGCAGGUGCAGAUGCUGCUGACCAUGGUCCUGGUGCCAUGGAUGGGCAAGUAUUUUGGCCGCAAAUUCGCCUAUUGGAGCUGGGCACGAUACAUGGAAUGGGCGCACAAUGUCGAAGUGCGAUGGACGAACAAGACAGCCAAUAAGGUUAUUGGAGCCAUUGAAGUGACCCGAGCACUAUAAGGGUUCCAACGCAAAAGAAUUCAACCAAUACAAGACCAUUUGCUAUGCGGCAAUGGCAUACCAUAUCACCAAGAUCACAGCCAUGGACGGCUGCUUCGAAUGUACAUACAUCUACGGACAUAGACUCGUUUCAAGUUUUUCUUUUAGAGCAUCAACACAGGGGAUGCAUGCCUAUUGUUGGAAAGUAUGGAGCUUCAUUUAGACCAUUUAGCGAAUCAGACUAUCAAUUAGCAACAGUCUGUUAACACUGUAUACGAAGCUAGUUGAAGACAUUUUAAUUAAAGCAGUUAAAUGAUGUAUACUAGCAUUACCCAUAUCCCCACCAUUCUAAUUCAUAUGAACCAACCUAUCUGUGUUGGAAUAUUAGUGAUUGGCUUUCUAGCCCUCAUCGCACCUCUCCGUGUUUUGUGCUUGCUCCCUGAGCUGCUAAAGGAAAGAAAAAGUAAUUUCAAAUGACGCCCGCCCCGUCCGUGUCGUAUGUAUCUGUUGGCGCAGUGGCGCCCAAGAACUGUAGCAACGACCCUCUCAGAGGGUACUAUGCUAGCACUUACGAUACAGUGCAAAAAUAAGCCAUCUAUUUACACGCGUGAGCCGCGAAUGGAGCCGAUAGGGCUGCGGGAUUCGGAGAAGCUGAAGAAGAGACCACCAGUAGCGCAGAUGAAGAUGAACCAGACAAAGACGGCGGAGGCCUGAGUUUGACGGCAGUGGCCCAUCUCGUUGUCAAAGAGAACGCUCUGGUGGUUCUUGGUAGAGUCGAUGCUGGCGCAGUCGACGGUGUUGAGAAGAGCAGCGAGAACAAUACCGUCAAUAACAGAGAAGAGGACAAGGAUGGCGUCGAGAGGGAGGAGAAUGGCAGCUCUUCCGAGAGACGAAACAAAAGACGAGGCGAUGCCGUAGAGCGUGACGAUCCAAGAGAGGACAGCGACGAACAUGGUGAAGUUAAUGGCGGCCUUGUGGUUGCCAACGGCGAUCAAGUUGCCGACGAGGGCAGUAAGCAACAGGGUCCAGAAGAGCGCCGCGGCGCGGACAAUAGCGUUGAGGAAUCCGGACAUUGUGGGAAAGUGGUGUUUGCGGUAACUGGGUGAAGAACGGCGAAGCUGAGCUUAUGCGAUUGCAAAAGGACGUUUGGCGCAAAGCGAAUUGGGGCAAUGCGCAAAUGGUAGUAAGGAGCAGGUGGUGGUGGUGGUGUAAGGGAGCGGCAGUCGACAAAAGUAUUAGGUGGUAAGAAGUACGGUAUUAAGCCACGACGGCAAACAAGACGAAAGAAAAGGCGACGAGAAUUAACCAAAAAGGAAGAAAAGCGACUGAAACGAAGGCAAUGUCGAUGUCAAAGGUAAGAAGACUGGCGGGAUUGGCGCGGAGCAGAGACGGAGAGCAAAUGUGUCGCG